AUGGAUGUGGUGGAAGAGGGGGAGGCGAAAAUGUGCAGGCUCUGCGGCCAGUACGAGAAAAUCUACAUCGAUGUAUUCGGUGAGGAAGGUAUCAAACGCUAUCUUGGUCUCAAGAUUCACAGGAAAAUUAAUAUCUUGAUAGAUGAGAAGGAUCCUCUUCCCAAAGCGAUCUGUGUUCAAUGUCUGGGUAAACUUGAAUUUGUUUGUGAUUUUCAAGAGGAAUGUCUGCGUACUCAACAAGUGUUGCGUGAUCAGUAUAAUCUUCCACCAUUAACAGAGUCUAUAGAGGUAAAAGAUGAAGAAUCUGCAUUGCUGGUGGGUACAUCGUCGUCUGAUAAUAACAACAGUAUUGAAAAAGAUCUUAAUUCCACUAGAAACAAUCAAACUGAAGACAUAGUCAAGGAUUCACUAGAACAGCAGAAAAAGAGAAAUACAGCUCCGAAGAUUUUAAGAAGUCUUCGUAGUCAGCAACAAGCUUCCAAGUGCAAUGAUGAAAUUGCAGGAAAAAAUGUACAGACUCAAAGUACAGUAUCAUCACCGACUCGUUGGCUUAGAAGCAGGCAAACCGCAGAUUCGUCUGCGGUAAACAACGAAAAGAUUCCGAUUGCAAAUAGAUUAAGGAGUCACGACAAUGUGGAAACUAACAUCAAUAAUAGUCGUUCUACAAAUAAUAAUAGCAAUAACGAAAAUACAGAUAAACAAUGUUCAAAGCAGCAACAACAACAGGAUUCAUCGACGAUUCAGUUACCGACUUCAGCUUUGAAUAAAUUGUUGACAAUUGUUUCUAGCUCUCCCGAUAUCGAGGUUUCUGUGAAGGAGACAAGAAAUCGGAAUAACGAUGCCGAAGAUAUUAGUUUUACUGUGGAAUUGUGUAAGAAACAAAAUGAUGAGAUAUCGACAGCGCGAGCACGGGUUUUUCCUGAUCAAGGCUAUUGUCUAGUCGAUACAGCAAUCGUAGCUUUGCUGCAAAGCGAAAACAGAACAGAGGUGAACAGUAUUGUCAAUAGCAUUCUUAGCAAUACAUCGUCGAAAAACAGUAGUGCUGUGGCAAAAUUGAAAGAUUUAGCGGAAUUGGAACAGCGACUAGAAGCAACACAGAAUCCAGAAGAGCUCUUUAAAAUUGAUGGUGAGGAGAUUAAGGUAGAUGAUAAUGUGGAGCAUGUAGUAAAUGGAACACAGAAUGGUUAUGCGUGUAAACUCUGUCAAAAAUUCUAUGAACGCCGAGAUAAGUGUACGGUUCAUGUGAAGACGCACCUCGGUAUCAAGCAGUAUACAUGUGUCGUCUGCAACGCCAAAUUUGUUUGCAAAUCUGAUGUGAUGAAGCACAUUCGAUGUUCGCAUACUAAUCCUAGACCCAUACAAUGCCCUAAAUGUCCUAAACGAUUCAAAUCCAAAUUUUAUCUAGCUGAACACGACAAUGUUCAUAAGGGUGUGCGACCGUACAGUUGUACAGACUGUGAACAGAGUUAUCAUCACAAGGUUUCGUUGCAGAUCCAUAUGAAGUCACAUUUACCACCGCAAAAUUUGGCCUGCGAAUAUUGUGGCAAAGUCUUCCCAUUUCGUACGCGAUUACUCGGCCAUAUCGCAAGUGUUCAUCUGAAAAAACGACGUAAUUUUCGUUGUCGCUUUUGUUACAAUCUUUACUCGAGUCUAUCGGUGCUAAACGAACAUAUUAAAACUCGCCAUGCGACUACAUAUACGUGUGAUAUAUGUAGCAAGACUUUCAAAGUCGCUUCCAAGUAUAAAGCGCACGUAAUGCAGCACUCAAAUCCUAAACCGUUUGUGUGCAAUGUUUGCAAUAAUCGUUAUGCUUCUAAAGCGUUUCUCAAUGAGCAUUUAUUAAAGCAUGAAGGUUUACGUAAACACAUAUGCCAAGAGUGCGGCGCGAGUUUUGCACAAGCGAGUCAUUUGGCUGCUCAUCGUCAUGUACAUGGAGAAAAGACGCACGCAUGUCCGGAAUGUGGUAAAAAAUUCAAUCGUCGUGACAACAUGAAAGUGCACCGAAAACGGCAUUUCGAUGAAAAAAAGACUAGCAAUCCUAGCAAACAGAAAGUUACAUCCAACAAUAACGAUUUGACUGCUUUAACUACGUCUGUUAACGAGAAGUAA